CUACAAUUCCCAGCACCCGUCACUCACAAUCAAGUACAGGAAGAGGUUGGAAGUAAACAGAACGAGAUCGCUUCCGGAUUGAAAAGGAUAUCUGUGCUCUGCCAGAUAAGCAAUGAGCUGUACAAUAGAAAGAGUGCUGGCAGAUGCAAAAGCUCUUGUGGAGAGGUUAAGAGACCACGACAAUGCUGCUGAGGUGCUAAUUGAACAGACAACUUUUCUUAACAAACGUGUUGAAGCUAUUAAGCAGUACCAGGAGGAGAUCCAGGAGCUGAACGAGGUGGCGAGGCACAGGCCCCGCUCCACCCUGGUCAUGGGAAUCCAACAGGAGAACAGGCAGAUCAGGGAACUGCAGCAGGAAAAUAAAGAGCUCCGGACAUCUCUUGAGGAGCACCAGUCAGCCCUUGAACUCAUUAUGAGUAAAUACAGAGAGCAGGUGUUCAGAUUGCUAAUGGCUAGCAAGAAAGAUGACCCCAUCAUAGUUACAAAACUAAAGGAACAACAUUCCAGUGAAAUUCAAGCCCACAUAGACAAGAUCAACGAAAUGGCAACAGUAAUGAAAAAAGCCAUCGAGCUUGAUGAAGACCGGGUUUAUGAAGAAGAAGAACGCAUUAAACAACUAGAACUUGAAAACAAUGGACUGAGAGAACUACUUCAUAUUAGCCGAGAAGCUUUCUUAACCCUGAGGAAAGAAGACACAUCAGAGAGCACCUCUCUAUCAGGAUUAGUAACAAGUGCUGACCUGAGCUUGAGGAAAAGCUGAAGAAUCUCUCGGAAACAAUACACUCUCAUCUCAUAGUUCAUUAACCGCAUGACGAUGAGACUGGGAUAACCCAAAUCACUCAACACGGUCACAGGGUACAAGCAGAUUUGUACGAAAAUGUCAGGGUUUCUGGUUUUUACUUUCUGAUUUUAUAUAAGUGGUUGAGAAAGCUUUGGUAAGUCUGUGCUUUACGUCUGUCUGGCUAUUCUGUUUAGUUUUGUUUCUGCUUCCUUUUUCAAAUUCCUCAUGUUUUUUGUGUUUUUUAAAAACAGUUGCUUGUAAUAAGUUACAGAAUGAGUGUACUGUGACGGACAGUGUUAGGCAGUUCAUCCAGGUUUUGUGUGUGUCCCACACAAGAGGAACAUAUAUAUUUAUUUAAUGCAAAUGGUAAAAACAAACCUGAAUAAAGCACUGCUCCAACAUUUGUAUAUUGAAGGUAGUAAAAUGAUUAACCAUUUAUAAGUGUGUGAUGUACCCACACAACACAGCUAAGGAAAUCUUAAUACUUCCAAAUAAUCCGUAAUUGGAUUGAUUUGCUAUACUUUUAAUAGGAAUUGUAACUUGUUUGAGUUAAAGCAGUACUGUAGUCAGUAGUAUUGACCAUAAUGAACUGAUGAGUAUUUUACUUCACUGAAAGGUGUGUCUGUUACCAGGUUUGUUACCAGAAAUGACUCGAUGUAGAAUAAAAGAAUGCCAAGUUGGACAGUAUCCAGCCUGUGUGAUGCUGUCUUACCUGGUUUACACCCUCUCAGGAUAAUUGAUGGUGACAAGCACAUACCUUUUUCUGCUGAAGCUCAAUAAUCAGAGCUAGGAAUUAUUCAAACAACAGCACUUAAAACAGAAGUUGGACAGAAUUAUAAGGCUGUAAAAUAAGCAGCAUAAUAGUUUAAACGUGCACCUAGAAACAGUAAAUGAAAAUAAACAAUUGAAUUUGUCCUGUAAUUUACACAUUUCUGCACUAAUUUUGCAAAGAGCAGACAUCGCCAAUGCUGCAGCCACACAUCCAGAUAUGUGAUCAUUUUCUAUUUGACUUGCAGCACAAAAUUAUAUAAUAUUCCUAGUAAUCACACAUUAGAAUUUGCUCUAAAAUGUGCCCUAAAAUUGUAAAAUGUCGUUUUUUACAUAUGCAAAGUAAAAAAACAAAACAAUGUGAUCCCAUUUAAGUAACUGCAGUCCUGCUGGUUCAUACAUUUAGAUUGGCACCAUAAAAAUUGGAAGGAUACAUUUCCAGAUGUUUCUCACAGGUAAGAUGCAGCUAUAUUUAAUAAUGCCCCUCAAUCUACAUAUUUUCAUUGUUUAAUUUUGAGCAUCACAGCUGACCACAUUUAAAACCUGUUAUGUUGCCUUUUGCUUUGACCAUGUAAGUGCUGUUGUUGAAUAUCACUCCGAUGGCUGAUUCACAGCUGGAAAACCCUACAAGCCUAAAACAAACCAGAAAUGUCUUUACAUAUAGCAGGGUACAACUUUUUAGUUUUUUUUUUUUUUUUCUGUUGAGACAAUACUGGUAAUGAGCAUUUCCAUUAUUUGAUAUUUAUAAUGAACAUUAAGAAAUAUGUUUUUUUCCAGAUUAAAAAAAAAAAAAAUCUGUUCAAGUCCAUUUCUAAAUGUAAUUCUAACAUCUGAACUUGCUUGAGGAAGAAAACUCAUGUUGUAUAUUAACACUGGAUGUUUAUAUUUUGUGAAUACAGAACAGUUAUUAAUUGAAAGAC